AUGGAAGGCACUCGUAGUGGUCGAGGUCGUGGACGUGGGGGUGGGCAGCCCACGACCGAACCAAAUCCUGAACCCCAAAUCGAUCCCAAUAUUCAGGUAGCCGCUGCUAUCCAACGGAUGACUGAUCUCCUAACCCAGGUGGUGCAACAACAGGGCCCCAACCCUAAUCCACAAGUUGGUAACCCUGAAAAUCUUAGAAAUCACGUCGAGAGCGAGGAUCAAGCUCUCGAACGGUUUCAAAAAUUCUCUCCACCAAAGUUUCUUGGAGGGUCCGAUCCAGACGUGGCCGAACAGUGGCUGGAGAAGAUGAUAGAUAUUUUUGCCGCCUUCCAUUACUCUGAAGAGAUGCAAGUUACUUUUGCGAUUUUUCAACUAGACGGAACCGCUCGUUCUUGGUGGAAUAUAAUACGAACCAAGUGGGAGAGAGAACAGACACCAAGAACGUGGGUGAACUUCGUAAGGGAGUUCAAUGCUAAGUACUUUUUGCCAUUGGUCCAGGAAAAGAAGGAGACAAAAAACGUGGAGCUUCCCGAAGUAGCUCAACUCAAGGGGAUAAGAGUACUCCUCCCAAAUUUGGAAGGUGAGCCGGAGAGGGAUGGUUUUCGGGUACGGCAAGAGGUACUCCACCCUGAGGUGGGCAAACGAGAUGAGAUCAGCAGAGGAGCGUCUCGCAAGGGAGUUCAGCCACCAUUUCUCGUGGCCCAUGUAGCUUUUGUGGGAAACCAAACCAUACGGAGGACGACUGUUGGAGGAAGUAGAACAAGUGCUUACGCUGUGGGAGUGCGGAGCACCGGCUCGCCAGUUGUCCGAUCCAGUCUCGAGAAGCGAGAGGAACUAUUCAGUCGUCGAAAGCUAUCUCAGGACGGGACCUUGAGACUGUAUAUUGAUUACCGAGGGUUGAACAAUGUAACCAUUAAGAAUAAGUAUCUACUACGCCACAUUGAUGAGUUAUUUGAUCAGUUGCAAGGUGCGAUGGUCUUUUCGAAACUAGACCUCCGACAGGGAUACUAUCAAUUGCUGAUUAGGAAGGAAGAUGUGUCUAAGACUGCUUUCAAUUCUCAGUAUGGGCAUUACGAGUUCACCGUGAUACCUUUUGGGCUGACCAAUGCCCCUGCCGCUUUUAUGCACCUUAUGCAUCGGAUUUUCAAAUCCUAUCUGGACCGAUUUAUCGUUGUCUUUAUCAAUGACAUUUUGGUUUAUUCAAAAACCCAUGAGGAGCAUGUGCAACAUUUGAAAGAAAUCUUACAAACUCUGAGGGAUCACCAGUUGUAUGUUAAAUUUAGUAAGUGCGAGUUUUGGCUCGAGAAUGUUUCUUUCCUGGGGCACGUGAUUUCAAAGGAAGGAAUUGCUGUAGAUCCGGCCAAGAUAGAGGCAGUGACUGAGUGGAAGAGACCCGACAAUCCUACUAAAAUUCGGAGUUUUCUAGGGUUGGCAGGUUAUUACUGGCGAUUUAUCAAAGAUUUUUCGAAACUUACCAGUCCUUUAACUGAUUUAACGAAGAACGGUGGUCGGUUUCUGUGGAGUGAUAAGUGUGAAAACAGCUUUCAAGAGUUGAAGCGGAGGUUAACCAUGGUCCCUAUUUUGACCUUGCCUAACGGUAAGGACAGUUCACUGUUUAUACCGACGCCUCUAGAGAAGGUUUGGGGUGUGUAUUGA